AUGUGGGGUAGGUGGGGUUGUUCCAGUGGGGGUUUUAGGUCAUUGAGCAAAAGGGUGUCGUCUAUUGUGAAUCUAACUCAUGGUUAUGGCGAAAAGCUUCAUCCUUUUGGAUUCGGUCCUCAUUUGUUAGGUUUAAGGAGUGUUGUUACAGUGACAUGCGGUGGUGGUUGGGGAAAAGAGGUUGAGUGUUUAUCAGAUAUGGUGAACCAGGUGAGGAGGGGUUUUUCAUCUUCUUCCACUGUGAUUGGAGAUGGUAAUGGAAAGAAAGAAGAAAGUAUAACAUUCUCUGAGGCUAAGAAGCUUAUGAGAUUGGUGAAUGUGGAAUCACUUAAGAUGAAACUUGGUAUGGAAGGGAAGGAAGUUAUUUCGUAUGGUGAACUUCUUCAAGCUUGUGAGAGUUUUGGUAUUGCUAGGAAUCGUGAUGAGGCUUCUAUGUUUGCUAAGGUUCUCGAUGAGGCUGGGGUUGUUUUGCUCUUCAGGGACAAGGUUUAUCUGCAUCCUGAUAAGGUGGUGGAUCUGAUUCGAAAAGCCGUUCCACUGGCACUAACUUCUGACGACGAUCCUAUGAGGGACGAGUUAAAGAAACUGCAAGACAAGAAAAUAGAAAUUGACAUGUUGGCACAUAAACAGGUGCGACGCGUCCUUUGGUCUGGACUAGGAUUUGGCGUAUUUACUGUCGGGCUCUUCUUCCGGCUAACAUUCUGGGAAUUCUCAUGGGAUGUAAUGGAACCUAUUGCGUUUUUUGCAACCACAACCGGAUUGGUUACAGGCUAUGCGUACUUUUUAUUCACUUCAAGAGACCCUACUUACCAAGACUUGAUGAAGAGGCUGUUUCUUUCAAGGCAGAGGAAGCUUUGUAAGAAACAUAAUUUUGAUGCUGAGAGAUUUAUGGAGCUUCAGUGCAAGUGCAAAACACAUAUACAUUCUAGUACUGUUUUGAAAAAUAGCACAGGGUUUGAUGUUGAUCUUGAUGAUGCUUUACAUAGAGAUUAA